AUGGUAAUCACUGCGGCAUUUUGUCUGUCUCUAAUCGUUGGUGUCUGUUCCGAUGGCAGCUUUUAUGAGACGUAUUUCGACGCACCUGAACAGCAUGGCCAGAACAACCGGAACGCACUUCGACUAGGUGCGUACAAGUGGCCCGACGGUAUCGUUCCCUAUCUAUUCGACGACAGCUGCGAUCCCCAGUACCGAUCUACCGUUUUGGAAGCUAUGAGCGUUCUUGAGCAAGCCAGUUGUGUUUUGUUCAUACCGAAAACUGAAGAUCAAAAAGAGCAUAUUCGGUUCACCAAGUCUGCGUUGGGUUGCGGUUCAUCGAUUGGAUAUCGACCGGGUCAGCAGGAACCUUUGGACGUGGUGUUGGAUGAUUUUUGCCUUAGUCUUACCGGGGCAGUACAGCACGAGUUGUUGCACGUACUGGGACUGUUUCACGAACACACCCGACCGGAUCGCGAUGAGUACGUGGAGGUGCUGUGGGAAAACAUCGAACCAGAAUUCAGACAGAACUUUCUGAAGGGUUCGUACGAUUACAUGGAGACGUUUGAUUUGCCGUACGACUACCGGAGUGUGAUGCACUAUCCGACGUUCGCCUUUGCGCGCCCGGGAACCACCGUCACGAUGGUCUCUCGGCAGAACCGUAGCGCCGAACUGGGACAAACCGACGCUGCCAGUCCGUUGGAUUUGGAGAAAGUUAGACAAAUGUAUGCUUGCUGA